UUUGACGCGAGGCUAAUGAGCGAACGAGAAUUGGAGAGGCCAAGCGGAAAUAAGUCGAUUGAUAAGGGCAAGGCUCGCGUAAUGCGUAAUGAGCCAGCGGCCAACCGGAAGUGACACAUGUAAACAAGCCGUUUGACGGGAGCCAUUUGGUGAAACGGAAGUGAUGAGUUAGAAGGAAGUGGAAAGUAUCUGAAUUUAUCGGGGACAGCCUCGAGUCCGUCCAAAGUUCCAGCAAUAAGUUGAGUAAGCACGCCUUCCUGCCGGGUCGGUCUCCAUUGCGCCAUUUUGUUUGUUUCUUCGGAAAAGCGAGCGAGUGGCGCAGCUUUGGGUAGGAAAAUUUUUUCAAAACCGCUUUACCAUCGCGAGACGAGGAGCGACGGUUACGUUGGAGUUACGUUAUUCUUGAGGCGAUUAAACGUAAUUGAGCGUUAAGGCAUCCAUAAUGUCUCAUAGUGGCGGAGGAGGUAGAAACGAAUGCAGAAUUUAUGUCGGAAAUUUGCCGCCCGAUAUUCGCACCAAAGACAUCCAAGACUUAUUCUAUAAGUUUGGCAAAGUUACGUUUGUCGAUCUAAAGAAUCGUAGGGGUCCGCCUUUUGCAUUUGUCGAAUUCGAUGAUCCUAGAGAUGCAGAAGAUGCCGUUCACGCGAGAGAUGGGUAUGAUUAUGACGGAUACAGAUUAAGAGUUGAAUUUCCUCGCGGUGGCGGACCAAGUAGUAAUUUCCGUGGCGGCAGGGGAGCGGGUGACAGCAGCAGAGGAAGAGGCGACAUGGGUAAUUCGAGAGGUAGAGGACCUCCUGCUAGAAGAUCCCAAUACAGAGUACUGGUUACGGGUUUACCACCUUCUGGCAGUUGGCAAGAUUUGAAGGAUCAUAUGAGGGAGGCCGGAGAUGUCUGCUUCGCGGAUGUCUAUAAGGAUGGAACUGGCGUCGUUGAGUUCCUGCGUUACGAAGAUAUGAAGUACGCUGUUAAAAAGCUUGAUGACUCGCGAUUUAGAUCUCACGAGGGCGAGGUAGCUUAUAUAAGAGUAAAAGAAGAUCAUAGUGGAAGUGGUGAUAGAAGUCGUAGCGAAGAUAGAGAUAGAGGACAUAGUCGUUCAAGAAGCUAUAGUCCACGUCGCAGAGGCUCACCAAGAUAUUCCCCAUUGCGUAGAAAUUAUUCGCGGUCCAGGUCACGUUCCAGGUCUCGUUCGUAUGACUAGAGUGUACGUAUAGUAAAUACUAUGCUCUAUGAUAAGAAUGAUAAAGCAUAUUUGUGCUACUACGAUGUGUUUAAUUUAAGAUAAAAUUUUACUAUUUGAAAAACUUUAAUAUUGAGGCAUAAGUUAGGUGAAUUGUUUCAAUUUUUUUCAUGGAGCUUCUAAAUCAUUCAAAUGUUAACCAAACUAAUUCGCUAAUUUAUAGUAGUUAAUUGUGGUACAUUGACUUGUUUGUACCAAUAAUAUCAGCACUACAGAUUGUCGAUGUAUUUUUUCUUUUUUUUCUUUAUUGAUAUUAUUUUCUUUUAUUUUA